UCUAUCAAGUCAAUCCCGGACGAGGCUGGACACUGGAGCUUGUGCGCAACCACUGAGCCGGACCUCGAAGAUCGAGUUCAUUGCUUGGCACUCUUUUGCAUCCGUCUGAGUCAGCGCCCUGCGGAAACGCGUUGCGCACCUGGCCUCCCCUCUGAUGCACUUAUAGCGCACCAAAGAUUUCCCCCCCCCUCGCAAAGUUGCAGCGUUUUUUGUUUGUUUUGUUUGCACAUUAACCCAAGUGGCGGGACACGGCGGCCCGAACAUCAUGUCCCUGAACAAGUACAGCCAGAGCUCCUCUUCCUCGUCGUCCUCCGGCUCCAUCCGGGACAGGAAUGUCUUCGCCAAGCUCAAGCUCAGUCUGUCGGGGGACUACCCGAGGAAGAACGCGGAGCUGCUCAGCGCUCAGUAUGGGAUAAACCUGCUGCUGGUCGGGGUGGCGCUGAUGCUGGCCAUCGCGCACCAACACGCCUCCGUCGAGGAGAAGGACCUGCUGUCCUUCACCACCAGCCUCAUGAUGCUGCAGCUGAUCUGGAUGAUGUGGUACAUCCUGGUGCGGCACAGCCAGUGGAACGCACGACCCGAGAGGGACGUCAAUGCCACGACAUGCUGGAUAAGAGGUGGUUUAACUCUUCUCGCUGUCCUCUCAUUGAUCAUGGACGCCUUGAAAAUCGGAUACUACGUCGGAUAUCGGCUGUGCUUGUCGGCAGUGCACGUAGUCUAUCCUGUCGUGCACGCAGUUCACACCGUAGCGCAGGUACAUUUUCUCUGGUUUCACAUCAAGGACGUGAUCAAGAGCUUUGAGACAUUUGAAAGGUUUGGAGUGAUUCACGCCGUCUUCACCAACCUCCUCCUGUGGUGCAACGGCGUGAUGUCGGAGACCGAGCAUUUUAUGAAGAACCACUUCAGAAGAACCGCCGGCCUGGAAUUUGAAAAUAUCACCGAAGGGGAGCGGGAGCUGGAGCUGGAGCUGGAGAUGCACUGCAACUGCACAACCAGCACAUGCUCCCUGUUCUCCCAGAGCUUCACGUACCUCUUCCCGUUCAACAUCGAGUACCACAUCUUUGUCUCCGUGCUGCUUUUCGUCAUGUGGAAAAACAUCGGACGCACCAUUGACAUAUCCUCAAACAGAAAGAGUCUGGUCACCAAAACACAGGGAUUGACUUUAGGCCCCAUUGUAGGCCUCCUCGCACUGGUCAGCACUAUAGGAAUACUGGUGGUCUACAUCACACGGUUACAAGGCCCUCCGGAAGUUCACCAGUCAGCCAUUUCUAUGUUCUACAUUUACGGCAUCGUCAUAAUGGUGGUCAUGUGUUCUUCCGGCGCUCUGGGUUUGCUCAUCUACCGCGCAAACCACAUGCCUCUUGACACAUCAAAGAACCCUUCAAGACAGCUGGACACAGAGCUGCUGUUCGGGUCGGCCCUGGGCUCCUGGUUGAUGUCCUGGUGCAGCAUUGUGUCAGUGCUGAGCAGCAAGAGUGACCCUCCUCACCGCUGGACCAACCUAGUCUACUCCCUCCUAAUUAUUCUGGAGAAGUACGUCCAGAACCUCUUCAUCAUCGAGUCCCUUUAUCGCCAGCAGGAGAGCGUAGAGAGGACGGACCCAGAGUUGCCCGCCAAUCCGGAGGUUUUCUCGGUGACUUCGCCUCUGCCUCCCUUAAACGGGAUCGACAACCAGGCAUACGAGUCUCCAAGUGGGGGCUCCGGUUCCGCGGAGAACGAGCAGGAGGAGAACGGACAGGUGUACGGAUGUCCGCGGAAGCAGUCGAAUGUGCCGCUGCCCGUUGACACUCACGUUGCGGAAACCUUAAAUAUGAAGAGGCUCGUCCUGAAGAACAUUGCUGUUUUACUGUUAUUCUGCAAUAUUUCGCUGUGGAUCCUUCCUGCCUUCGGCUGCAGGCCGCAGUACGACAACGGCCUGGAAGAGGAGACGUUUGGCUUCGGCAGGUGGACCAGUGUUCUCAAUUUUGCCAUUCCUCUCAACCUCUUCUACCGCAUGCACUCCGUGGCCUCUCUGUUCGAGGUGUUUCGCCGAGUCUGACCGGAAAGCCGGCCAAUGGUGCCCGAUAAGAUGCGCCGGAACCCUCGCCAGCAACGAGCGACGAACUCCCAGCCGUUGCACGGCAGUGCAGGUCAAGUGUUCAGGAGGCCAUCAGGGUCACUUCUGCAGUAGACUUGAAAGAAAAACUCAACCUUGGAGAGACGAACUACAGAGCCUGUGCUCCUUGAAGAAUAACACAAAGCAUUUUAUACAUAUUUAUGGGGAGAUUAUAGAUAUUUUGCUAAAUUUACAGGGACUCUUUAGUACUUUAUAAUCUGUUCUGAUAAUUGUUUCAACUGGGGUACAAUCCUUUCUAGAACUGAAUGCUUAAUCUGAAAUGCACAUUAUAUAUUCUCAUAAUCGUGACUAAAUAUAGACUGCAGAAUACUGACCGAGUCACAAUAUCCAAAAGUGAACAGUGCAGCCGGGUACAUGGAUAACGUUCUCAAUUAUCCAUGUUUGAAGUUUAGACUGAGCAAUAAAACAGAAUGCAUAGUAGAAUUGCAAGUUUGCAUUUACAAUGUUAUCACUAAAUUUGAGCAUUUUGUUACUAGUUGGACAUUCGUUCUCAUCUCGUUCGUCUCUCAGCCGUCAGAGUUGUUCGCUCUAAAUCCACAAUCUGUUCAUCUGAUUGAAACAUGUAUUUUAAAUUAUUACGCCAAAAAAGUUUCCCUGUGUGAGCCAGAUAAAAUUCACAAUGUUAUCAUGUGUCAGGAUAGACGCUGCUUUAAUUUCAUACCAGAAAAUAUUGUUACUGUCAUGACGAGUCACCACAGAUGAGUGCUGUCACUAAUGAAAAUGCAAUGAAAACAAUCACAAAACUUUGCACUAAAGACGUUGCCAUGAAAUUUUGCUGAAAGUUUUAUUCAGGUGUCUGAUUGAGUUCUCAGUCUGGUGCUAUACUUUUGGGUUUUCUAUGUGCCAAGUUGUGGGAAACAAACAAGGAAGCAACAACGACAAAAACAAAAAACAAAAAACAAAAAAAUAAUUCUCGCAUUUUACUGUAGUCCUGAAUAUACAGCUACUCUGAUCAAAAUCUCUUAGCUGCUGUGAUUUUUUUUGCCUAUUUGAUUCAAUUGUACCUUCAAGAGA